AUGGAGACCAAAUCAAGGGUUUGGCCUCUUCCACUUUCCCCAACCUCUCCUCCACAAACCCAUAAAUCCCAACUCACUCCCCUCCUCUUCUUCUUCUUCUUCCUCAUCAAUCUCACCCCCACAUUUUCACUCCCCAACCCAAUCCCAAACCUCGAUCAACUCUACUCCCAUCACUGCAACGACGUCGUUCCCAAAUCGGAGACCCACCCCAAGUGGUUCCUCACCACCCUCUCCAUCCAAGACAUCGGAUUCCACACCACCUUCUUCACCGGCGGCCACCGCUUCUUCCUCAAUUCCACCUCCGGCGACCGGAAAGCCCUCAUCUUUCGGCCCAACUACGUCGCCAAAACCCUAGCCGAUGGAAUCUUCCAAGUCAGAGGAAGCAUGGAUCUUCGUUCUCUGAGAUUCUCGCCUCGCCGGAAUCUGAAGCUGGUCACCGUCCGGGAGCCGAGGAUUCCGGUCAGGCGGGGCGUGGUGAGGGUCGCCCUCGAUGGGUUCUAUUCGGAAUCAGCAAAGAAGCUGUGUAUGAUUGGGAGAGUUAGGCCCAUGUUUAAUAAUAAUGCAGGUAAGUUUGAGCCUAGUGUUGUUGUUAAGCUUAAUUAUCCGAAAUGGUCUAGUGUUUAUGAUAGUUUGAUUAGUGGGAGUUUAGAGAGUGUUGUUAAUGAUAAGGAUAAUGAUGAGAGUUACUUUGAUCCUGUUAUGAUGUUGGCUUUUAGUGUGAAGCAUAGUUAUGUGUAUACAUUUGUUGGGGAAGACAGGCUGAGUAGGUUUCCAAGCAGCGCUGAGAGUGAGGAGAGUAUAGGGUUGAGGAAUUUUAAUGAUUCGAACGGCGGGUUGUGUAGGUUGCUAGGCAACCGUCUGGAGAGGUUUGAGUUGGUGUAUGGGGGUGAGUGUCGUGGUGGGGGUGUGAAUUGCAAUCCUGUUGUUGGUGGGGAGGCUGGAUUUGUACCUGGCUCGGUGGUGUUCUAUGGGACGCGGUGCACGGAAGGGAGGAAAAUGCAGAUUUUGUUGGGGUUUUUGAACUCUACUGGAGAUGAAUAUUUGAGGUUUCCGUUUGUGCCUAGCAGGACGAUGAUUGCCGAGGGGGAGUGGGAUGAGAAGGGGAAACGUUUAUGCGCAGUUGCAUGUAGGAUUUUGAAUUUUACAGAGUCUUUGACUAGUGCUUUUGUUGGAGACUGCUCGACUAAACUCAGCUUGAGGUUUCCGGUAAAGUUGUCUUUACGAAAUAGGUCUGCUCUUGUGGGGCAAAUUUGGAGCGACAAAAAAGUGAGUGAUGCAGGUUACUUCAGUAAAAUUGAGUUCCAAGGUUUGUCGGGGUGGUUAGUGAAACUCUUGAGAUACAAAUAUGAGUAUUCUGCGAAUGACAAUCUGAGAAAAGCAUGUGCGGAAAAGAGGACUAGGAGAGGCAAAGGAACGAAAUAUCCUGAUGAGUAUUCACUGGAUAUGAAAUUUGACAUGAGAGUAAGCAACAGCAAAGGAAAAGUUGCAUGGGGUUUUUCAUCGCCAUUAUUUGUUGAUGAUGACCGGAUUUAUGGACGCCGGUUUUGGGAUAAAGGACAGGACACGGAAGUACCAAGUCAUCAGAAGAAAAGCCACAGCAGCCCAAUGAACAUUAGCUAUAAGUUGAGCUUCACACGUGGUGCCCAAUUUUUUCAUGAUGUCUUCCCAUCAAAAGCAGACGUAGCUGCUGAAGGAAUAUAUGAUAGAGAUUAUGGAAACCUAUGUAUGAUGGGCUGCAGGCACGCAUCAUCCGAGGAACAAAAUUUGAUUAGAAAGGAUAUGUUAGACUGUUCCGUUCAGAUUGAUGUACACUUUCCUCCAUUGAAUUCCAAGGAUGGCCAGAAUGUCAAGGGAAGUAUUGAAAGCACGAGGAACAAGUCAGACCCUCUUUAUUUUGAACGUAUUGAUUUCUCCUCAACUUCAAUUUACCAUAACCAAGCUGCUGCAUCCAUUACGAGAAUUGAUAUUGAGAUUAUCAUGGUUUUGAUUUCAAAUACCCUUAUAUGUGCUUUUGUGGGAUGGCAACUCUAUUUUGUGAAGAAAAACCCAGAUGUGCUCCCAUUCACUUCAUUAGUCAUGCUCACUGUUCUUACUCUGGGAUAUGUGAUUCCUCUGUUGUUCACCUUUGAAGCAAUGCUCGCACCAAAUCAGAGAAGACAGAGUACUUUUCUUGGCGUUGGUGGAUGGCUGCAGGUUAAUGAAGUAAUGGUCAGGCUGAUAAUGUUAGUAGCUUUCAUUUUGCACCUACUUCUUCUCCAGGGGACCUUGUCAUCAAGACAAGGUGUUGAUUACCAGAAGAGCUUGAUGGAUUCUGAGAGGAAGGUUCUUUACGUGACCUUAACAUUGUACAUAGCUGGUGCACUGAUUACGUGCUCUGUCCACCAGUGGAUGAAUACUCACCAGAACUCACACAGGCCAUUUCAUCGCAAUCUUCGGCUGGUAACUAACCUAUGGCAUCUUGUUCACCCACAACGCUCUCUACUGGACGACAUCAAGUCAUAUGCUGGAUUCAUCCUGGAUGGUUUUCUGCUCCCGCAAAUAUUGUUAAACGUAUUCGCCAAUUCGGGUGAAAGGUCUCUGUCUUGUUCCUUCUACUUUGGAACCACCAUGAUUCGUCUGCUGCCUCAUGCUUAUGAUCUGUACAGAGCUCGCACUUACACACGGUUACUUGCUUUUUCAUACAUUUACGCAAACCUGAAAACAGAUUUUUUCUCCACUGCCUGGAACAUAGUCAUACCCUGUUGUGUUCUGCUGUUUGCUGCCAUUAUGUUCAUGCAGCAAAGGUUUGGCGGCCGUUGCAUUCUUCCCAAAAUAUUUAGACACUCCACUGUAUAUGAGAAGGUCCCUGUCAUCAGCAAUGAGGAAUUGUGA